AUGGUGGGUGAUCACAUUUGGCUUCAAGUGUCACCCAUGAAGGGCGUGAUGCAGUUCGGGAAAAAGGGCAAGCUCAUCCCUCGAUUCAUUGGGCCAUUUGAGAUUUUGGCGCGAGUUGGAGAGGUAGCUCAUAAAUUGGCCUUACCACCUAGCUUAUCGGCUCUGCAUAACGUUUUUCAUGUUUCUAUGCUCCGGAAGUAUGUUUCGGAUGAGUCCCAUGUGUUAUCACUCGAUUCAAUGGAGUUGGAUCCAGACCUGACAUUUGAGGAGGAGCCUAUAGCUAUUCUAGAUAGGCAGGUUCGGAAGUUUAGAACCAAGGAGAUAGCUUCAGUGAAGGUACAAUGGAAGCACCGGUCAAUCGGAGAGGCGACUUGGGAGACAAAGGUUGAUAUGCGUGCUAGAUAUCCCUAG